AUGCACGAUUUUAGCAAAAUGAUGCCGAAUCUCACUUAUCUUGAUGGCUAUGACAAAAACGAGGAUGCCGAAACGGAUGACGAGGUUGUGGAGAAUGAGGAGGAAUACGAAACUUCGAGUGGAGAAGAGGAAGAAAUUGGUGAGGAGGAGGAUUCUGAGGAGGAUGAGGACGAGGAUGAGGCUGAGGGUGAGGAGUGUGGCUUAGAAUAUCUGCAGAGCUCCACAGUUAUGCAGGAUGAAGAUGAAACGGAAGAUUACAAAGCUGAUGAAAGUGGCGAAGAAAAGAAGGCCGAGGAAGGAGGUGAGCCACGGGGCACGAAACGAAAACAUGAGGGGGAAGGCGAUGGCGAUGUGAAAACAACGCAGAAGGCGAAACGACAGGAAUAA